CGUGACCGUUUUCCUGGCUCGCGGUUGUGGCACAAAUCGUGAUUUUCGAGGCUCUCUCUCUCUAUGGAUUAUAACGGGGAAAAACGGACAAAGACACAUAUUUACGAAUCUUAAAAUCGGAUGUGUUAAAUUGUUUUGUUCUGGGGUUCUUUCGGGAAUUGAGGAGCCGCUUUCAUACGAGCUGCCGUUUAGUUUUUACUACGGGGUUUGUUUACCACAUUUCAACUUGGUUGGUGAGUAACGUUAGCUAUUUAUAGGUUAGCGGCUUUCGUAAUUUGCUAACAGCUGUGGCUGUGUUUUCAAUCUGAACUUGGAAAGCCCGUAUCGUUCGCUUUGGUUGACUGUUGAAUAUCAAAAUAAAGCUAGCUAGCUAACGAUAAAGGAUAUAGGUAGUUGGCGAGCUUCUCAAAACACUCGCACUUGUCUGUUAAGCACUGUUUACUCUGCUACUAGUUAGCCACAAAAGAAAAUGUCACAAGAAGGACUCGCAAGCUAUGAUGUAUACAUUUUUUCACCAGUACAAAAACGUUUCUUAAGUGUCCGCUAUACCUUAAUGUUUCUAUUUAAUGUUCAACAUAUACAUCCCGCUGACUUUACAGUCCACUAGCUUUAAUGUUAGCCAUGCAAGUGUGUGUUUUGGGGAGGACGCUUGUUGGAUGUUUGUUCAAGCCCAGACCACAUGACCACCGUGUUCCUAAUGUAUUUAGCUGUUAGCUAGCCUACGAGUGUGUUGGAAAUACGUUUAUUUUUUAUUUUGUCGGUUUGAAGAAGUAACACUAAAGCAGGGGAUGCCAGGUAUGACUUUAGAACACACGCCGUCAGUUUUUACGUGGAUUUCACAGCCAAGUAUUUGAAAACUGAAUAUUGCGUCUUGGCCCGAUUCCUGUGCGAAAUGCCAUGCACUGACCUAGCUAGCGAUGCCAGCUGGCUAGUUUAGUUAGCCUAGCUGGCUAGUUUAGUUAGCCUAGCUAGCUAGUUGUGUCUCUGACGCAUCAAUCCAGAUGGGAAUGGAACUCCAACCUAUUGUUAGCGUUGCGUUCUGGAAUUCUAGAAUUUCAAAUUGCGAUUGUUCCAUAUUUUUAGGAAAUGCGUUUUAGAACAGCCGUUUCAAAAUAUGUUCACCGUCAAAACUUUUUUUUUUCGUGACCGUUAGUUAGCUAACUCUUUUAGCUAGUGUUCCGUUAUGUUUUCCUUGUAGGCCCAUCCAUGAUGGUGGUAGCAUGUUGUAGCUAGCCAGCUAGUAUUACCUUGCUAAGCCCUCCCAAUCCUUUUAACAGCUAGCUAGCUAGCGCGCUAAUUUCAUGUGUAGUUGUCGUUAUGUCAUCACUUCAGUUGCGGCCUGUUGCAACCAACCUUGAUGUUGUUAAGCCACCUUUGUCUCAGAUUCUUAGCUAGGUAGCGGUUUUGGUAAGGUGUGAAACUGGUUUAUUAGCCAGAUAGCAAUAGAAGGCAGGUUGAUGUAGCCAACGUUAGCUAUCGUUAAAUCCAUCACCACAAACCUAUAGCUAAACCGCCUUGUAUAAGAUUUGUUUUUAGCAGAAUUAAGCUUUUAACAAGGCCGAAAAUAACCAGCUGAUUGCCAAUGGUUAAUAACUUGUUUACAUUUUUCAGAGUAUACAUACACGAGCAAGCCCCUCCCUGCAUGCGGCGUGGUUAAUAAGUUACACAACAACACCGUGACAACACGUUGACCCCAAUACAAAUAGCAUCAGACUAGCUAUAUUUACCAGUGAUGGCAAACCAGCUAGAAAUACACUGUUGCUAUUCCAUACACAGGUGUGCUAUCUUGGCAUUGUUGAUCGCUAAAUAAAGAAAACACACGUGGUUUCAUUUGUGACGUUAGCAAAUUGUCCUACACUGCACUGCAGUACAGUAGAAAGCUAGCUAAUGUAGAGGUGUGUGUGUAUAUAUAAUGCAGGAAACGGAUCGAUAAACUGCUUCUCAGCGGGGACUAUACUUUCCAUUAUCCACCUGUGGUUGAACUGUGUUCUGACGACACUGGUCCAAAUUAUUUGUAUUUGUUGGGUUUUAUUUUAUUGAGAAAGGAAAGGUAACCUAUAUUGUGAGUCAGGGGUCCGCGUCACUAACUGAUGGACUACACAGUCCACGCGUUGGUCCACAUUCUAAUGUAACAUCCCAAUCCGAUCACACCUCAUACAGUUACUAUUUACAUCAAUGUAUGAAAAGUAUAAUGAGCCUUUACCUUUUUACUUUCUUUAUUAUGAGUGCUUAUCUCAAUGUUAGAUUCAGCCUUAUUUAACUAUUAACUGAAAUCAGUACGGAGCUUAUUAGAUUCAGCCUUAUUUAACUGAAGUCCCAUGUAGCUCAGUUGGUAGAGCAUGGCGUUUGUAACGCCAGGGUUGUGGGUUCGAUUCCCACGGGGGGCUAGUAUAAAAAAAAGAAUGUAUGCAGUCACUAGCUGUAAGUCGCUCUGGAUAAGAGCGUCUGCUAAAUUACGUUUAAAAAAAACUCACAAACACAAUCAGUAUGGAGCUUGUUAGAUUCAGCCUUAUUUAACUGAAAUCAGUAUGGAGCUUGUUAGAUUCAGCCUUAUUUAACUGAAAUCAGUAUGACGCUUGUUAGAUUCAGCCUUAUUUAACUGAAAUCAGUAUGGAGCUUGUUAGAUUCAGCCUUAUUUAACUGAAAUCAGUAUGGAGCUUGUUAGAUUCAGCCUUAUUUAACUGAAAUCAGUAUGGAGCUUGUUAGAUUCAGCCUUAUUUAACUGAAAUCAGUAUGACGCUUGAACCACUGUUCUAACAUUCUAGACAUGGCUCAGGGAUUGAUAUAUUAAGGGAAGCCCUAUUGCCCGACAUGAGCAGUCGCUCAUGAACCUGCUUUGUUGUUGCCCCAUUGGGCAGGUGAUUUUCUUUCUCUUUCUGAUACAAACCAAAAUGCAAAUAAUUCCACUAGUCUGGUCUUUCUGGUUCUUCCCCUGUGUGUAGGUGAAUAUAGCUACUUUAUGUUUUUGGGCAAGGGAUCAUAAUCGUUGGGCAACCAAAAAAAGACUCCUUCCAGACCUUAAAGGGAAGAUUGCAUAAUUAGGUUGCUGUUAAACAUUCUGAUUGGUUUCAUCCUUCCAACUAAAAGUCCCAAUACGACAUAUCACUUUACAUUUGUAUUUUGGGCAAAAUUUUAUAUUUUGUCUGAAUUUGACCGAAGUCAUGUCGGAAAAGCGUUGGGAAAAGUGACGUCAAUAGAAGAACACACAGCAGGAGUGAAGCCACUGUCCACAUAAGAUGCUGAAGACCCACAUCAUUGUUUUAGAAAAAAUAUUUUGCCACUGAAUAAAGCCAAAUUAUAAUCUGACCAUAUCCUGUGAUUUCUUUAUUCUGUAUCAACUAAAAAUGUUUUCAUCACUACAGCACGCAGGCUUUUAGCAUAGCCCCCUUUCCAGCCCUGCUGGCUUACCCCUACUAGCUAACCACUAGCAACCUUGAAACAUCACUUAUUAGCAGUUCAGCACAUCAGCGUUUCUCGUACUGUUACACAAAAUCAAGAUACACCUUUAUCAUCACAGUAGACAUUGAACGUCUAAAACCAAACUGGCUAAAACUCUGUUGUUGGCCAAUGGUAGCUAUAGCUAGCCACAUGCUAACCUGAAUGCUAACGUUACUAGCAGCAAUAAGAGUAAAUCCAGGUAUAAUGGCUAACACAAACAUUGUCUACCAUGAUAUCCUGCAAGUUAUAUUGGUCAAUAAGGACCAGGCAGUUCAGCAAAAAUAAAGACAGCUUGAAAUAAACAAUGACAUUCAUCCAAUUUGGUUUUUGACCAUUCAUUUCUGCAAAAUGUGCAGCAUUGAUGGAGUUGUUGUAGCUUGCUUGCUAUAGCUAGCUUAUUCCAUCCCCAAACACCAUGCUAGAUCCGAGUGGGCCAGUUGGUUUUGCAUAGCCCGGUGCACUUAGAAAGCUGGUGUCCACAUCACUAAGGAACUUCAUGGUCCACACACAUAAACACAGUUGUGAAGAGGGCACGACAACACCUCUUCCCCCUUUGGAGGCUGAAAAGAUUCGGUAUGGGCCCUCAGAUCCUCAAAAAGUUCUACAGCUGCACCAUCGAGAGCAUCUUGACUGGUUGCAUCACUGCCUGGUAUGGCAACUGCUUGGCAUCCGACCGCAAGGUGCUACAGAGGGUAGUGCGUACAGCCCAGUACAUCACUGGGGCCAAGCUUCCUGCCAUCCAGGACCUCUAUACCAGGUGGUGUCAGAGGAAGGCCCUAAAACUUUUCUAAGACUCCAGCCACCCAAGUCAUAGACUGUUCUCUCUGCUACAGCAUGGCAAGUGGUACCGAUGCACCAAGUCUGGAACCAACAGAACCCUGAACAGUUUCUACCCCCAAGCUAUAAGACUGCUAAAUAGUUAGUUAAAUAGUUAACCAAUAGCUGCUUUUAUCUAACCCGUUGCCUAGUCACUUUAUUAUAAUAAUAAUAAUAUAAUAUGCCAUUUAGCAGAUGCUUUUAUCCAAAGCGACUUACAGUCAUGCGUGCAUAAUUUUUUUUUUGUGUAUGGGUGGUCCCGGGGAUCGAACCCACUACCUUGGCGUUACAAGCGCCGUGCUCUACCAGCUGAGCUACCCUACCUAUAUGUACAUGUCUACCUCAAUUACCUCUUACCCCUGCACAUUGACUUGGUACUGGUACCACGUGUAUAUAUAUAUAUAUAUAGCCAAGUUAUCAUUACAUUAUUAUUUUUCUAUUAUUUCUCUCUGUAUUGUUGGGACGGGCCGUAAGUAAACACUUCACUGUUAGUCUACACCUGUUGUUUAUCAAGCAUUAUUUUUUAUAAGCUUUUGCAUAAAGACCUACGUUGUUAGAUUUGUGGAAUAUAUAUAUAUCGUGCAACCUUUCCUUUAACGUCAAUCCCUGGCCUGGCUACUUCAUUCCUUGAUCUACCAGACAGUCUGUCUGCUGUGCUUAAGUUAGUGAAUGAUUUUAUAAUCUGUACAGUCCUGGUGUCAUUUGGCACCGUUCUAAAGGUAAAACGAGGCCUGUGAAUUAUGUUAUGGUGCUCUAUUGUGUGUGUUGCAUAUCUUUAUGGAUGCUGUUUGUCUAUAGUGUUGCUUUUGUCAACGCCUGCAAUACUGCCUGCCUGUGUUUCUCAGGCUGUGUGUGAAUGUGAUGUUUAGCAAAUUGGCCUAUUUAGGUUUAUAGGUGGAGGUAGACUGUAGGGUUCAGUGUUUCCUCCGGAAAAAUUUGUAGCAGUCAGGGAAAAAUGUGAGGGGGUUCGGGUCCCCCCCCCCGGAUAAUUAUUUAUGAAUUAAUCUCCCGAGUGGCGCAGUGCUAGCUGUGCCACUAGAGAUCCUGGUUCGAAUCCAGGCUCUCUAGUGCGCACAAUUGGCCCAGCGUCGUCCAGGGUAGGGGAGGGAAUGGCCGGCAGGGAUGUAGCUCAGUUGGUAGAGCAUGGCGUUUGCAACGCCAGGGUUGUGGGUUCGAUUCCCACGGGGGGCCAGUAUGAAAAAAUAAAAUAAUAAUAAUAAUGUAUGCACUCACUAACUGUAAGUUGCUCUGGAUAAGAACGUCUGCUAAAUGACUAAAAUGUAAAUGUAAAAUGACUGAGAAGCUCAGUUCUGGUGACUUUUUAAAAGGACAUUGUACUCAAAAAAUGAAUGGGGGAAAAAUUUGCCCAAUAACAUAUUAGUACAAUAUUUUAACAUAUUGCACCAUGCAUAUAGCCAAGCAAGAAAACUGCUCCCAAAUGCUCUGUGUGACCAUCAGACAAUGUGGCAGGUAAGAAUAGAGAUUCUACCAGCCAAUGCCAAAAUACAUUUUGGGUUGUCACAAUACCAGUACUACUCAGAAGUACCAAGGAAAUCAAACAGGAAGCGUUGUGUGUGUGUUUGUGUGUAACCAUGAAUCUUCAUCUCCGGUCCCAUCAGAGCCGUCGGAGAUGAGUGGUCCCGAGGUAGUGAAGACGCCGGGGGGCGGGGCUCCGGGGAAGGAAGGCAAGGAGCCCAUAGCAAAUGGGCAUCCGGGAGAGGGCGAGCAGGGAGGAGACGAUCCCUUUGCUGAGUACAUGUGGAUGGAGAACGAGGAUGUUUACAACAGACAGGUUGGUGGACACACACAGAGACACACAGAGACAGACAGACCCACACACACAGAGACACACACAGACACACACACACACAAACAGAGACAGACACAGACACAGAGACACAGAUACACACACACAGAGACACACACACACAGAGACAGAUACACACACAGAGACACACACACACAGAGAACACACACAGAGACAGACCACACAGAGACAGAACACACACACACACACAGAGACACACACACAGAGACACACAACACAGACAGUUAGUCCCAGAUGUGUCUGCUUGAUGUCUGUCUUAUCAAGAGGAAACUCUUUAGAGGUGGAAUCCAACCACGCACCAUUCUCUGUCUGUUUCUGUCUGUCUCUCUCUCUCUCUCUCUGUGUGUGUGUGUUGUGUAAUGAGGAUGUCUCAUCUCCUGCUCUCGCUCCCCUCCUUUCCUUUCUAGACUGGCUCACUGCUACUACACUACUACUACUACUACUACUAUACUACUACUACUACUACUACUACUACUACUACUACUGCUACUACUGCUACUCUACUGACUACUGCUACUUCUACUACUAUACUACUACCCACUGUACUCUACUAUUUCUUGCUAGCACUACUGCUACAACGCUACUUAACUACUACUACUGCUACAACUACUACCAGUGUCUGGUCUGAAGAGGAGUUCCUGAAGCAUUGUUUCGCUCUCUCUCUCUCCCCUCCCUCCCUCCCUCCCUCCCUCCCUCCCUCCCUCUACACUACAUGACCAAAAGUAUGUGGACACCUGCUCGUCGAACACCUCAUUCCAAAUUCCUGGCCAUUAAUACGGAGUUGGUCCCCCCCCUUUGCUACUAUAACAGCCUCCACUCUUCUGGGAAGGCUUUCCACUAGAUGUUGGAACAUUGGUGCAGGGACGAGCAUUAGUGAUGUUGGGUGAUUAGGCCUGGCUCGCAGUCGGCGUUCCAAUUCAUCCCAAAGGUGUUCGAUGGGGUUGAGGUCUGGGCUCUGUGCAGGUCAGUCAAGUUCUUCCACACCGAUCUCGACAAACCAUUUCUGUAUGGACCUCGCUUUGUGCACGGCGGCAUUGUCAUGCUGAAACAGGAAAUGGCCUUCCCCAAACGGUUGCCACAAAGUUGGAAGCACAGAAUUGUCUAGAAUGUAAUUGUAUGCUGUAGCGUUAAGAUUUCCCUUCACUGGAACCAAGGGGCCUAGUUCGAACCAAGAAAAACAGCCCCAGACCAUUAUUCCUCCUCCAUCAAACUUUACAGUUGGCACUAUGCAUUCGGGUAGCGUUCUCCUGGCAUCCGCCAAACACAGAUUUGUCCGUCGGACUGCCAGAUGUUGAAGGGUGACUCAUCACUCCAGAGAACGCAUUUCCACUGCUCCAGAGUCCAAUGGCGGCGAGCUUUACACCACUCCAGCCGACGCUUGACAUUGCGCAUGGUGAUCUCAGGCUUGUGUGCGGCUGCUCGGCCAUGGAAACCCAUUUCAUGACGCUCCCAACGAACAGUUAUUGUGCUGACGUUGCUUCCAGAGGCAGUUUGGAACUCUGUAGUGAGUGUUGCAUCCGAGGACAGACAAUUUUUACGCGCUACACGCUUCAGCACUCAGCGGUCCCGUUUUGUGAGCUUGUGUGGCCUAUCGCUUUGCCACUUCACAAUAACAGCACUUACAGUUGACCGGGGCAGCUCUAGCAGGGCAGAAAUUUGACACACUGACUUAUUGGAAAGGUGGCAUCCUAUGACGGUGCCACGUUGAAAGUCACUGAGCUCUUCAGUAAGGCCAUUCUACUGCCAAUGUUUGUCUAUGGAGAUUGCAUGGCUGUGUGCUCGAAUUUUUUUUUUAUACACCUGUCAGCAACGGGUGUGGCUGAAAUAGCCGAAUCCACUAAUUUGAAGGGGUGUCCACAUACUUUUGUGUAUAUAGUGUAGAUACUGAACCUUCUUCUCUCUCCGUCAGGUUGAAGAGGAGUUGUUGGAGCAGGAGUUCUUGGAGCGUUGUUUCCAGGAGAUGUUGGACGAGGAGGACCAGGAUUGGUUCAUCCCGGCCAGGGACCUCCCCUCGGGGGUGGGUCAGAUCCAGCAGCAACUCAACGGCCUGUCAGUCAGCGACGGAGGAAACGCAGAGGAGAUGGCGGUGAGGAGAUACAGCGGAACACACACACACACCGUAUUAUGUACAACAAUGGACAGCCAUCUUGUGAUGGUAUAAUGUAUUUAUGUAUGUACACAUACAGUACCAGUCAACAGUUGACACACCUACUCAUUCAAGGGGUUUUCUUUAUUUUUACUAUUUUCUACAUUGUAGAAUAAUAGUGAAGACAUCAAAACUAUGAAAUAACACAUGGAAUCAUGUAGUAUCCGAAAGUGUUAAACAAAUCAAAAUAUAUUUUAUAUUUUAGAUUCUUCAAAGUAGCCACCCUUUGCCUUGAUGACAGCUUUGCACACUCUUGGCAUUCUCUCAACCUGCUUCACCUGGAAUGCUUUUCCAACAGUCUUGAAGGAGUUCCCACAUAUGCUGAGCACUUGUUGGCUGCUAUUUCCUUCACUCUGAGGUCCGACUCAUCCCAAACCAUCUCAAUUGGGUUGAGGUCGGGUGAUAGUGGAGGCCAGGUCUUCUGAUGCAGCACUCCAUCACUCUCUUUCUUGGUAAAAUAGCCCUUACACAGCCUGGAGGUGUGUUGGGUCAUUGUCCUGUUGAAAAACAAAGGAUAGUCCCACUAAGCGCAAACCAGAUGGGAUGGCGUAUCGCUGCAGAAUGCUGUGGUAGCCAUGCUGGUUAAGUGUGCUUUGAUUUCUAAAUAAACCACAGACAGUGUCACCAGCAAAGCACCCCCACACCAUAGCACCACCUCCUCCAUGCUUUACGGUGGGGACUACACAUGCGGAGAUCAUCCGUUCACCCACACCGCGUCUCACAAAGACACGGCGGUUUGAACCAAAAAUCUCCCAUUUGGACUCCAGCCCAAAGGACAAAUUUCCACCGGUCUAAUGUCCAUUGCUCCUGUUUCUUGGCCCAAGCAGGUCUCUUCUUAUUAUUGGUGUCCUUUAGUAGUGGUUUCUUUGCAGCAAAUCGACCAUGAAGGCCUGAUUCACGCAGUCUCCUCUGAACAGUUGAUGUUGAGAUGUGUCUGUGACUUGAACUCUGAAGCAUUUAUUUGGGCUGCCAUUUUUGAGGCUGGUAACUCUAAUGAACUUAUCCUCUGCAGCAGAAGUAACUCUGGGUCUUCCAUUCCUGUGGCGGUCCUCAUGAGAGCCAGUUUCAUCAUAGCGCUUGAUGGUUUUUGCGACUGCACUUGAAGAAACGUUCAAAGUUCUUGAAAUGUUCCGUAUUGACUGACCUUCAUGUCUUAAAGUAAUGAUGGACUGUCGUUUCUCUUUGCUUAUUUGAGCUGUUCUUGCCAUAAUAUGGACUUAGCCCUAUUUGGUAAAAGACCAUCUUCUGUAUACCCCCCCUACCUUGUCACAACACAACUGAUUGGCUCAAACGCAUUAAGAAGGAAAUAAAUUCCACAAAUUAACUUUUUAAGAAGGCACACCUGUUAAUUGAAAUGCAUUCCAGGUGACUACCUCAUGAAGCUGGUUGAGAGAAUGCCAAGAGUGUGCAAAGCUGUCAUCAAGGCAAAGGGUGGCUAUUUGAAGAAUCUCACAUUUUAAAAUAUAUUUUCAUUUGUUUAACACUUUUUUGGUUACUACAUGAUUCCAUAUGUGUUAUUUCAUAGUGUUGAUGUCUUCACUAUUAUUCUACAAUGUAGAAAAUAGUAAAAAUAAAGAAAAACCCUUGAAUGAGUAGGCGUGUCCAAACUUUUGACUGGUACUGUAUAUAUACAUACAUACACACCACAGGAGGUUGGUUUCUGUGUGUUUGAUGCCAUUCCAUUUGCUCCGUUCCACACAUUAUUAUGAGCCGUCCUCCCCUCAGCAGCCUCCAUUAAGACACAUACAUAUAUAUUAUAACAUCACAAGAUGGCUGUGUGUUUGUGAAUUUGUUUUGUACAAUUUAAUGGUUCUCACACUUUAUUUUCUCUUCUUUUCUUAAUCAUGCCAUCCCUCCACUCCUCCAUCCCUCCAUCUCAUUAUCCCUCCAUUUCAUUAUCCCUCCAUCUCAUUAUCCCUCCAUCUCAUUAUCACUCCAUCUCAUUAUCCCUCCAUCCGUCUCCAUCUCAUUAUCCCUCCAUCCGUCUCCAUCUCAUUAUCCCUCCAUCCAUCUCAUUAUCCCUCCAUCUCAUUAUCCAUCCAUCUCAUUAUCACUCCAUCUCAUUAUCCCUCCAUCUCUCUCCCUGCAGAGGAAGAGCAACUUGAACCCCGAUGCGAAGGAGUUCGUUCCAGGAGUGAAAUACUAGGAGUCCCCCUCACCCCCAGGGAGCGCCCACACACACACGCUUGCAGAGACUCUGGCGGCCUCGACCGGAACACACACACCGAACAACACACACAGGUCCAAGGCGUGUAGGUAGAAAUCCGUAAGAGGGUGGGGGGGGGGACUUCUUUUUAGUUUCUGUUUGUUUGAUGGUAAACUAAGGGACAGGUUGGGGGGAGGUUGGGUGGGGGGGGGGGAGGAGGGAGGGGUCAGUACGAACAGAACCCUAAGGAGGGAGCUGCUGCUCCAUUUACACUCUAGAGGCUGAGUCUCAAAUGGUACCCUAUACCCUAUGUAGUGCACUACUUUUGACCAGGGCCCAUGGGCUUGAGUCCAUAGGGAAUAGGGUGCCUUUUCGGACGCACACCGAGACGUACAUAUACAGAGAAAUGGGAAACUCUGUUUGAGAUUUUCCGACUUUUCAUGGUUGCCAUGUUGGCACCUAAAAGCUCCAUGAUAACGCAACAGGCGAAUCACAGAUGACACCCUGUUCCACCUUAUAGUGCACUACCUGGUCCAAAGUAGUGCACUACAUAGGGAAUAGGGUGCCAUUUUGAGAUCGGCAUUUAUACUUUUCAUGGCUGCCAUGUUUGUGCCGGAAUGUUCCACAACAUUACCAUUCUAAUUGGAAUCCAACUAAGAAUGUUCUUAGUGCCAUGGAUGACAGACAGUUGUCCGUUCUAGAACUCUGUACAUCUACGUACCUCUGGUCACAAUAUGACAUCAUCAUUUCUCUGUUCUAUAGGUCGUUAUCAAUAAAAUGUCACAAUACGGUCCAAAGCGUUCGAUUUGCCUGCUGAGGGGGCAAGGAGAACCCCAGCUCCACUAAAACCAUUGACAACUGUGUGUCGUUUUCAAGGGAUUGUUAAAUAAAUGCUAACUAUUUGGUUGUAAUAUCAUCACCUCUUGAAGCACAUAGUCAAAACUACAAAGGUCAGAUUAUUCCAUAUUUAGCUCUAUCAUCAGUUAUACAGUAACUGCAUGCUUUUCAUGAUCAGUAAACAUCAAUUGAUCAUGGAAUUUCAGAUACGAGAGGGUAGCCUUCACGAUAUCUCUCAAUAUUGACCACCAUUGAUUGGAUAUUUGAGUGAUAGAAAAGUGACCUAUACCUGACAAGGACGAGUGGUUCAGGUGAAUUUCCCAUCCUUUGUGGGCUCUGCUUGUCAAGCAGCAGAAGGGCGCAUUUGCAGAUGUACUGUUAGCUGAUAAUGCAAGCUACCGGUAGAAACUUUGUACAGUUGGCUAAACAUAUAGUGGUAAGUAGACCUAAUGUACUUUUUUCUCCAACCAACUUAGGCCUACAGCGAAGUUAGCUAGCAUUAUCCCCUCUACAACAGUGUUUUAAUCACUAUUGCUGCUGAAAGACGUGAUAGAGGCAACAUUGAUUGAUGUACCACGUCAGUGUGGCUAGCUAACGACAGAUCACGUCAAUGUAGCUAGCUAACGACAGAUCACGUCAAUGUAGCUAGCUAACGACAGAUCACGUCAAUGUAGCUAGCUAACGACAGAUCACGUCAAUGUAGCUAGCUAACGACAGAUCACGUCUAUGUGGCUAGCUAACGACAGAUCACGUCAAUGUGGCUAGCUAACGACAGAUCACGUCAGUGUGGCUAGCUAACGACAGAUCACGUUAAUGUAGCUAGCUAACGACAGAUCACGUCAAUGUGGCUAGCUAACGACAGAUCACGUCAAUGUAGCUAGCUAACGACAGAUCACGUCUAUGUGGCUAGCUAACGACAGAUCACGUCUAUGUGGCUAGCUAACGACAGAUCACGUCAAUGUGGCUAGCUAACGACAGAUCACGUCUAUGUGGCUAGCUAACGACAGAUCACGUCAAUGUGGCUAGCUAACGACAGAUCACGUCUAUGUGGCUAGCUAACAAGCUAACUUUCAGGGGAUACACUAGAUGGCUCUAUCCAUAUAUUGUUUGAUUUGCUUGUCCUCUAGUGGUGGUGACCAUAGUCCACUUUACCAAGAGGAGGACUUGCCGACGUCAAGCUCUUUCCAAAAGCCUAAUCUCUGAAGCAAGCUAAAUGAUAUGUUGUUUGCUUGGCUAUCUAGUUAGCUACAUGCCAAAUGAAUGGGCUACUCUCAUAUCUGAAAAUACAUGAUCAAUGGAUGUUUAUUGAUCAUGAAAGCAUGCAGUUACUCGCUGUAUAACUCUGACUACGCUCUUCAAGAGGUGAUAAACAGUUAUUACAGUCAUUUAGCAGACGCUCUUAUCCAGAGCGACUUACAGUUAAGUGAGUGCAUAAAUGUUUCAUACUGCCCCCCCCCCCCGUGGGAAUGGAACCCACAACCCUGGCGUUGCAAGCACCAUGCUCUACAAACUGAGCCACAGGGGACCAUCCCUGUUUAUAACAUUGAUUUAACAAUCCCUCAAAUGGCACAUAGUUGUCAACAGGUUUAACGGAGCUGGAGGUCUCCUUGCCCCCCCCGAGCAGCCAAAUCCAACGCUCUGCGCCGUAUUGUGACGUUAUCAACGACCUAUUGACCUGCCUAAUUUCCCCAUUUAUUACAUCAUAAACUCUCUGUCUGUGUAGAGCUGUUUUUUUUUUAUUUCUCAUGGGUCUGGUUCCAAACCAGUUUCUCCUCUCUCCUACCUUUGUGGGUGAAAAGGUUGAGGUUCUAUUCCCCAUAUCAGAACCUGGAGCUCUGAAAGGCAGGGAUGUAUGGGGAGCAGGGUAUCAUUUGAGGUGUCACCCUUUUGAUGGGUCUAAGUGA